AUGGGCUCCUUAUCCUCUUUUUCACCCAACAAAACAGCACACACAAAACAGAAGGGUUUGAAGACAACAAGAUUGGGCUCGAAUCCAUUUUCAAAACCACUCAGGCAGUUUUCAGGCUCAAAAUUCGUCAAUGGCUUACAUCUGCAUUCAGUUGGUGAAGAUAGUAACAAGAGUAGAUUGAAAGCUCUACCACAUUUGACAUUAAUGGCGGUUUUAGUUGAGCACAUGGAAGGCCAAAGAGACCUCAUCACCCACAAAUCCAUAUGGCAUCUCAGCGAUCAAUCCAUUAAGAACGUUUAUACAUUCUACAUCAUGUUUACUGUUUGGGGAUGUUGUUUCUUUGGUUCGACAAAGGAUCCAUAUUAUGAUUCAGAACAUUAUAGGAAAGAUGGAGGAGAUGGAACUGGGCAUUGGGUGUAUGAAAAGCAAGAAGAUAUAGAAGAAAAGGCGAGAUCAGAGUUGUGGCGUGAGGAGUUGAUCGAGGAGAUUGAGAAGAAAGUGGGAGGGCUACGUGAGUUGGAAGAGGCUAAAGAAGAGGAACUUGUCAAGUGAUGGAAAAUAUUUUAGGGAUAAUUAUUGUUUAUACAUACACAUCAAGAUCAUUGUUGAAUAUGAAACAUGAAAAUUAAUAAUGUUUAUUAGGUGAUUCAAGUUAUGCCUCAUAAAAGGACUUUUCAAAUGCAGGGGCAAAUGAAACACCGUAAAAGACCAUAAAAGAUCCCAGUCAUGAUGUUUGACAUUGAAACCCAUGAAAGUUAAUAUGCCUAUAAGAUUUUUUUUUUUUUAAAUAUAGGCGACCCAUGAAUUUUUGAAGAUUACAUAACUUAUUUAAAUAAAGGAACAAUGACCCGAUUAUGUAUACUAAUGCC